AUGGCGGAUCAAGACGAACGCGGGAGUAUAAUUGGGAGGCGUAAAAAAAUAUUGACUUGCUUAACUAUUAACUUAGUGUACGACUAUUGGCCAAGUUCGGGGUGUUUGAAAACUUACGCAGAAUGUCUGGGCGUGGAGUCAGGAGUGCCCCACGAUCCAUGGGAGACUUUGGUAAUAGGUCGUGAAGACUCUUUCUUCAACGAAGAAGGGUACACCGUAUGCUGGAAGAAAUAA